GAGCCUGCGAGGGACCGUUCUUCUCAUCCUUCCGGUCUCCAGUUUGCGACCAGUAAAGCCACGCCACACACUUGUCACUCCAGAUCCUUCGCUCUGAUUUACUCCGGCUUCCACCGCACCCCCAGCAACUGCCUCUGAACCAGCCAUCCCCGUCCUUGCCUCCUCCUCCGUCUUCCCUCCCGUCUUCUCUCCAAGCUGGGCGCCGUCAUCCCAACCGGCCGGCUCUAAGCUUCUCUGCUCCCCUUCGUCUGUCUCCUGCCUCAAUCAGCCGCUUUUUGUUUUAGGUCAUGCCAGGAGGCGAGCAGGAAGCUAAGAACGCUGCUCAGGGUACAGAGGAAGGGGAAGUCUGCAUUACCGAAGCCCUGAUCACCAAGAGGAACCUGACCUUCCCUGAGGAUGAAGACCUGUCAGAAAAGAUCUUUUGUACUCUGGAUGAACUGGAGACUGUGCGCCUAGAUCGGGAAGGGAUUACUUCUAUCAGGAAUUUAGAGUGCCUCCGGAAUAUUCACAGCCUCUACCUGCAGUCGAAUAAGAUCCAGCGAAUUGAGAACUUGGCAUGCAUCACCUCUCUGCGCUUCCUGUCUCUGGCAGGAAACCAAAUCAGGCAGGUGGAAAACCUCCUUGACCUCCAGUACCUCCAGUUUCUGGACCUUUCUGACAACCUGAUAGACGUGCUAAAGCUAGAUGAGCUCCCCCAGAGCCUUCUCAUCCUCAACCUGUGUGGAAACGCCUGCACCAACCAAAAUGGCUACAGGAAGAUGGUGAUAGGGGCCCUGCCGCUGCUCUUGGACCUAGACAAGCAGCCUAUAUUGGAGCGCUGGACCUCAGAGGAUGACGAUGAUGAGGAAUCCUUGGAUGAGGAGGAGGAAUUUCCGGAGCUGAAGGGCCCGUUCUGCACAGAGCGAAGAUUCUUCAAGGACCUGGACCAGGAACUGCAGCAGCAUCAAGAGCGAAGGCAGCAGGCGGUCCUGGCAGAGCACUUGUCCAGGAUGGAGAUCCGGCCUGUCCUCACUGACCUGCCCCAGCUGCCUGCAGUGCCCAUGGCUGGGGACUGCAGCCCUGAUGUCGCCGCGCAGCCUGGGAAAGAGGCGGCCCCUCAGGCCACCUCCUCCACCCAGACCUCCUCUUCUACCAAGAAACCAGUUCCCAAGAGCCAGAAAAGCUCUGUCCCGGCAAGGAAGGGAGCUCCAGCAGCCACAGCCUCCAAGAUCUCUCCGGCGGCAGCCCCCAGCAUGACAAAAACUACAGCCAAAAGGAACACGAAGUAAUGCACAGCCCCUCACUUGGGGCAGGGGCCCCACCCCCCAAUAAAAUAUCUUUGGGCUUUGGAA